ACGCCGCAAGAGACCAAAGAAAAUAACCACUACACGGAAGUCAUUCGAUCUGGUGGUCGCUUCCUUGAUAAGUUCAGCCUUCUCUAAGAAGACACUUGCAACUAAUCGCUAAUAUAAAUGAAACAUGCGAGAAUUGAGCUAAAAUGGGCUUAAAUGUAGGAGCUUGUGCAGAGCUGUUUGUCGGCGUGAGGACGGACGGUUGAGGUACAUGGACGCGGGCACUGGAGGGUCUGUUCUGACAGCUCUGUUGACAUUGCAGUCACUAUUUACAUUGCAACCUCUUAUCUGAAAUAAAGGAUACUAGGAUACUGCUGUUCAUCAUACUACCCGAUGCGGAGUCUUUAAUGUUACGAAGUCGCCUGGCUGAUCUGAAGCUGCUCUCAACAGGCUGUCUCUGGAAGUAUCAAGAGAGGCCUGACUACCGACUAGUGGACCAUGGCGUCCCCCAGGCUGAAGUACCUGUCCCUGGGCGUUCUGGUGUUCCAGACCACGUCGCUGGUGCUCACCAUGCGGUACUCCCGCACCCUGCAGGGGGACGGCCCGCGGUACCUGGCCUCCUCCGCCGUGGUGGUCGCAGAGCUGAUGAAGAUCGUGGCUUGUCUUCUGCUCGUCUUAAAGGAACACAACUACAGCCUUCGAGCCCUCAACAGCAUCCUUCGCCAGGAAAUCCUCCACAAGCCCAUAGACACCCUUAAACUGGCGGUUCCGUCCGGGAUCUACACCCUGCAGAACAACCUGCUCUACGUGGCGUUGUCCAACCUCGACGCUGCCACCUACCAGGUGACGUACCAGCUGAAGAUCCUCACCACGGCGCUGUUCUCGGUGUCCAUGCUGGGGCGUCGGCUGGGCGUGUACCAGUGGCUCUCGCUGCUCAUCCUCAUGGCCGGCGUCGCUCUGGUCCAGUGGCCCUCGGAGACCCCAGGAGCCAAGGAGACGGAGGCCCCGGCGACGGGGUCCCAGUUUGUGGGCGUGGCGGCGGUGCUGGUGGCCUGCUGCUCCAGCGGCUUCGCGGGCGUCUACUUCGAGAAGAUCCUGAAGGAGAGCAAGCAGAGCGUCUGGGUCCGCAACAUCCAGCUAGGGUUGUUUGGCCUGGUGUUUGGGCUGUUUGGGAUGCUGGCCUACGACGGUGAGCGUGUGAGCGAGUCCGGAAUGUUCCAGGGGUACAACGGCAUCACCUGGACCGUGGUGGCGCUGCAGGCGCUGGGCGGUCUGGUCAUCGCGGCGGUCAUCAAGUACGCCGACAACAUCCUGAAGGGCUUCGCCACCUCGCUGUCCAUCAUCCUCUCCACCCUCAUCUCCUACUUCCUGCUGCAGGACUUUGACCCCACCAGCGUCUUCUUCAUGGGAGCAUUGCUGGUUAUCGCGGCCACCUUCCUGUACGGAUACGAGGGGAAGACCGCACCCAACCCCAGCAGAGCAUAGCGGACACGCGCACAGACACUCUCCAGAGGAACCGAA